CGUCGGGGGAGGGAGCUGGCCAGUGCUGAGGGGGCGCGGUGCGGAGGGGCUAGGAGCCGGGCGACUGGCGGCCCAGAGUGCGCGGCGGCCCGGAGCCCGCCGGCCCCUGACAGCCCCCUCCCCCUGGCGGACGACGACGACGGCGGCAACGGCGCUGGUCAUGGCGGAGCAGCGAACCGAGCGCGGGCCUUGAGCACCACCGCAUGGAGCGGGACGAACGGCCGCCUAGCGGAGGGGGAGGCGGCGGGGGCUCGGCGGGGUUCCUGGAGCCGCCCGCCGCGCUCCCUCCGCCGCCGCGCAACGGUUUUUGUCAGGAUGAAUUGGCAGAACUCGACCCAGGCACUAUUUCUGUUCCAGAUGACCGGGCUGAACAGCGUACCUGUCUCAUUUGUGGGGACCGUGCCACCGGCUUGCAUUAUGGAAUCAUCUCCUGUGAGGGCUGCAAAGGGUUUUUCAAGCGCAGCAUUUGCAACAAGCGGGUCUAUCGGUGCAGCCGUGACAAGAACUGUGUCAUGUCUCGGAAGCAGAGGAACAGGUGCCAGUACUGCCGCCUGCUCAAAUGCCUCCAGAUGGGGAUGAACCGGAAGGCAAUCAGAGAAGAUGGCAUGCCGGGAGGCCGGAAUAAGAGCAUCGGGCCAGUCCAGAUAUCAGAGGAAGAGAUCGAAAGGAUCAUGUCUGGGCAGGAAUUUGAGGAAGAGGCCAAUCACUGGAGCAACCAUGGUGACAGCGACCACAGUUCCCCUGGGAAUAGGGCUUCAGAGAGCAACCAGCCCUCACCAGGCUCCACACUGUCCUCCAGUAGGUCGGUGGAACUAAAUGGAUUUAUGGCAUUCAGGGAGCAGUACAUGGGGAUGUCUGUGCCUCCACACUAUCAAUACAUACCGCACCUUUUUAGCUAUUCUGCCCACUCGCCACUUCUGCCCCCACAAGCUCGCAGCCUGGAUCCCCAGUCAUACAGUCUGAUUCACCAGCUCGUAUCAGCUGAGGACCUGGAGCCACUGGGCACUCCCAUGUUGAUCGAAGAUGGAUAUGCUGUGACCCAGGCGGAGCUGUUUGCCCUGCUUUGCCGCCUGGCCGAUGAGCUGCUCUUUAGGCAGAUCGCCUGGAUCAAGAAACUGCCUUUCUUCUGCGAGCUCUCAAUCAAGGAUUACACGUGCCUCCUGAGCUCUACGUGGCAGGAGCUAAUCCUGCUGUCCUCACUCACCGUGUACAGCAAACAGAUCUUUGGGGAGCUGGCCGACGUCACAGCCAAGUACUCACCCUCUGACGAAGAGCUGCACAGAUUUAGUGAUGAAGGGAUGGAGGUGAUCGAGCGGCUCAUCUACCUAUAUCACAAGUUCCAUCAGCUAAAGGUCAGCAAUGAGGAGUACGCUUGCAUGAAAGCAAUUAACUUCUUAAAUCAAGAUAUCAGGGGUCUGGCCAGUGCCUCCCAGCUGGAGCAGCUGAACAAGCGAUAUUGGUACAUUUGCCAGGAUUUCACUGAAUAUAAAUAUACACAUCAGCCGAACCGCUUUCCUGACCUCAUGAUGUGCUUACCUGAGAUUCGAUAUAUUGCAGGAAAAAUGGUGAAUGUACCCUUGGAGCAGCUGCCCCUCCUCUUUAAGGUGGUGCUGCAUUCCUGCAAGACAAGUGUGGGCAAAGAAUGACCUGUUCCCAGCGCCCCUGGGGCAUCCUAAGAGCCCUGGGUGGGCAGGACAGUCUCCAGAAGGAAGAGCCAGAGAGACCAACGAGGAGGCUGUGGAGCAGCGUUUCCAGUCGCCUCCAUAGCAAGAAGAGUGUUUGUUUGUUUGUUCGUUUGUUUGUCUUUUUUUAAGCUCAUUUUUCUAUAUAUUUAUUUCACGACAGAGUUGAAUGUAUGGCCUUCAACACGAUGCACAUGCUUUUGUGUGAAUGCAGCCGAUGCAUUUCCUUGCAGUUUACAGAAUGUGAAGA